AGUCACAAUCUCAGGGUUACCCGUGAAGUCUCACCUCAGAAGCACAAGGCAGCUUUGUCUUGCACACCAACCUCGCCUUGCAUACUAACCAGAUUGACCAUGAUAUCAAAAUUUGCUCAGCCAUGGUGGAAAGAAGCCGUCUUUUACCAAGUAUAUCCGGCAAGCUUCAAAGAUUCCAAUGGAGAUGGGUGGGGAGAUAUUAGAGGCUUGAUUUCCAAAAUCGACCAUCUCAAAGACCUCGGGGUCGAUGUGGUUUGGUUAUCGCCAAUGUUCGAAAGUCCACAAGCUGAUAUGGGCUACGACAUCUCAGAUUAUCAAAAAGUCUAUGCUCCGUAUGGGACCGUUCAAGACGUAGACGACCUGGUGGAAGCAUGCCAUAAGAGGGGAAUGAGAUUAAUCCUCGACCUGGUGGUGAACCAUACCUCCAAAGAACACCAAUGGUUCAAAGAGUCAAGGUCGUCAAAAGACAAUCCCAAGCGCAAUUGGUAUAUAUGGAAACCCGCCCGAUAUGACGAAGAGGGCAAUCGAAGACCACCGACAAACUGGAGGAGUUAUUUUGCUGGGGGUACAUGGACUUGGGAUGAGCUGACCCAAGAAUACUAUCUUCACCUAUAUGCAUCCGAUCAACCAGACCUUAACUGGGACGAUGAGUCGUGCCGAGAGGCCAUCUACGAAGAGACCAUGAGAUUCUGGUUGAAUCGCGGAGUGGACGGCUUUCGAGUGGACACGGUGAACAAAUACAGCAAGAGGACAGACUUUGUCGACGCAGCCAUAACAGACCCCACCAGCGAAUGGCAGCCCGCGCCUGAGAUGUGGUGUAACGGGCCAAGGAUACAUGAGUUCCUCAAAGAGAUGAACAGUAAAGUUCUGAGUCAUUACGAUGCUGUCAGCGUCGGCGAGCUCUCCAACACCCCAGACCCAGAGGGAGUUCUCGAAUACGUCAGGGCUUCGGAAAAGGAGCUCGAUAUGGUGUUCCAGUUCGAUAUGAUAAGGCUCGGCACUGGCGGCGGAUUCGGGGGAAAAUAUGAUUAUCAGCCUUGGAAGCUGACUCAAAUGAAGACGUUUGUGGAAAGGUGGCAAAGCUUCAUUGAAGGCACCGAUGGGUGGACGACGGUGUUUUGCGAGAAUCAUGACAAUGGACGGGCUGUUUCUCGAUUUGGAAACGAUAGCCCAGAUCACUGGCAAAACUCUGCCAAAAUGAUUGCGCUCUGGCAAACAACUCUGACUGGAACGCUGUUCCUCUACCAGGGACAAGAGAUUGGUAUGAAAAAUAUGCCGGCCAGCUGGGGCAUCGAGGAGUAUAAAGACAUCGAGAGCAACAAUUUCUACCGUGAAGCAGAAAAAGAUAAGGAUGUGUCAAAGAGAGAACAAGUCAUGAAAGGGCUUCAAAUACUCGCAAGAGACCAUUCCAGACUUCCAUUUCAGUGGGAUGGAUCCGCACAUGGCGGCUUCACAUCACCGGACGCUGUGCCUUGGAUGCGAGCCCAUGACGACUUGGAGUCGAUCAACGUCGCUGUUCAACAAGGAGACUGUGACAGUGUACUCUCAUUUUACAAGAGGAUGCUGCUUUUGCGCAAACAGCACGCAGACCUUUUUGUGCAUGGCAACUUCCGACUGGUGGACGAGGAUAACGAGCAGGUUUUCAGCUAUACCAAGUCCAGCCUAGAUGGUACCAAGGAGGCACUAGUGGUCCUCAAUUUUUCCGACAACAUUCAGCCGAUUCCAGACAUUCUGACCUCUGCGAAGCGGAAAUACUCAACAUUGUUACUGUCGUCGGCAUGUUCGACUUCAUCCGUCAGCAAAACAGAUCUGGAACCAUACGAGGGCAGGGUUUACUUGGGCCUGACAGACUGAGUUCGAGACGGAAGCUGAGAAUAUCAAGUCCCCAUAAUUAGACCGCAUAUAGAGAUGCAAAUGAACGGCGCACUGGGAGAUGCAUUGUCAUUUAGAAACAAUAUUGCCCCAUAUUCCCCUUUUCCAUAUUGAGAUAGAUAUAU